UUUUUCUUUUCCUUAUCCUUCCCUCUUUUUUUCUUUUCUUCUGUCUCACCCUCAAAACCUCAUCUUCAUUCACCAAUUCUUCAAGGAUUGAAGUGAAGUAAAUUGGUUGGAUUGGAACUGAAUAAAGCGAAACAAAGAAAAGAAAAAAAGAAAAAGAAUGAAGAUUUUGGGACUGUUUGUGACGGCAUCGAUACCAGUGUUGAAAGUGCUUCUGAUAACAACACUUGGUUCGUAUCUUGCUCUUGAUCGUGUCGGUAUUUUCCCUGAAGAUGCCAGAAAACACCUGAACACCGUUGUGUUUUAUGUAUUCAACCCAGCACUUGUGGGCUCCAACCUCGCCAACACCAUUACAUACCAAAGCAUGAUUACGUUGUGGUUCAUGCCUGUGAAUAUUCUAAUAGCAUAUAUAGUUGGAUCAAUACUUGGGUGGAUUGUUAUCCAAAUCACAAGACCUUCUCAACACUUGCGUGGCCUUAUUUUGGGUUGCUCUGCUGCCGGAAACUUCGGGACCAUUCUCCUUAUUAUAAUCCCAACACUUUGUAAAGAAAGAGGAAGCCCAUUUGGUGACCCUGAUGUCUGCUAUACUUACGGAAUGGCUUAUUCUUCCCUUUCUAUGGCAAUAGGAUCCAUAUAUUUGUGGUCUUAUGUGUAUAACAUUGUCCGAAUAUCUGCAACGAGUGACAAGGAGUUCAUAAGAAAAGACUUUCCGGUGAGUAAGGCCGCCAAGGAGUCCUCUCGACCGGACCUAGAAGGAUCUAUAGAACCACUACUGUCGUCAACCGAAUUGGAAGAACCGGGUGAUAAUUCAGAUCGCUAUGUACUACCCCUCACUGCAUCCGAAGGAAGAGCUGAGGCAGCAGUUCCAGAAAGUCAUUUAGGGAUAACACAUCGUUUUCGAAUGCUGGUUAGAAAGCUUAAUCUCAAGGCAUUAUUAGCGCCUUCAACUACGGGCACGGUUGUUGGAUUUGUAAUUGGACUCGUUCCUCAAAUCCGAAAGACCCUGAUAGGAACCGGCGCUCCACUUCGAGUGAUCCAAGACAGUGCUUCCUUGUUGGGAGAUGGAGCAAUACCUGCUCUCACCCUUAUAAUAGGGGGAAAUCUUGUUAAAGGUCUGAAAGGGGCGGGGAUGCAGAAAUCUAUAAUUGUUGGCAUUAUAGUUGCUCGUUACGUCGUGCUGCCUUUUCUAGGCAUAUUGGUUCUUAAAGGGGCUGUUCAUUUUGGUAUGGUGCAGUCUGAUCCAUUGUAUCAGUUUGUUCUUCUUCUGCAAUUCGCAGUACCACCUGCCAUGAACAUGGGAAGUAUUACUCAAUUGUUUGGAGCAGGAGAGAGCGAAUGUUCUGUUAUCAUGCUGUGGACUUACGCAUUGGCAUCGAUAUCACUUACCUUCUGGUCCACCGUGUUCAUGUGGCUUGUGGCAUGAAGUUUGAACGCGUAUAUUUAUUCAGUUAACUGAACCGAGGCUUAGUAUCUCAAUUCAA